GGCUACGUCGUCCCCGCAGUUUGGACUGAGCCUAACGACGGUCUCGGUGGAACCAUGGGCAAGAUGAAUAGGCCUGUUGCUGGAGCGAGGUUUGACAAGCCUCUUCCACGUGGCGAGCAUCCUCUUCAGCUCUACAGCUUGGGAACACCAAAUGGACACAAGGUCACGAUCCUCCUGGAGGAGCUUGGCAUCGAGUACGAUGCCUGGAAGAUCAACAUCAUGCAGCUCGAUCAGUUUGGAUCUGAGUUCACCAAGAUCAAUCCCAACUCCAAGAUCCCUGCCUUGCUCGACUACAGCGAGAACCCACCCAUCCGCGUGUUCGAGUCGGGAUCGAUUUUGAUGUACAUCGCGGACAAGUACGGCAAGUUCUUCCCCAAGGAGCUUCGUCCUAGGACUGAGUGCCUCAACUGGUUGAUGUGGCAGAUGGGAACGGCACCCUUCAUCGGCGGUGGGUUUGGCCAUUUCUACAAGUACGCCCCUAUCAAGAUUGAGUACGCCAUCGACCGUUACAGCAUGGAGACUAAGCGCCAGCUCGAUUUGCUCGACAAGCACUUGGCCGAGAACAAGUACAUCUGUGGUGAGGAGUACACCAUCGCCGAUAUGGCAAUCUUCCCCUGGAUCCGUGCCAUCCCUGUCUUCUAUGGGGCUACAGAGUUCCUUCAAUUCCCUUCAUACAAGCACCUCAACGCAUGGAUGGAGAGAGUUGGAGAGCGCCCGGCCGUCAAGCGCGGCCUGAAGGUCAAUGGCUUCACUGACAAGGAUCUUGCCGAGCGCCACUCAGCAGCCGACUUUGACAAGCUCCCCAAGGAGUGAACCAUGCCUGUCCAAGCUUGCUGAUAGUACAAUGAUUGGAUAGUGAUGUGAAAUGUGAGCUUUGUGAUUCUAGAAGUGUCUGGUAAAAUACAGAUCAAAUCGUG